CUCUUAUAAGUGAAUUUUGUUACUUUUCAGUCAGAGAUUUUUAAAUCUGAUCACUUAAGUGUCUUUUUAUUUGGAUAUUUGAAUUAUUAAACAACAAUAACAUUAAUUGCAUUGCUAGGUUUAAACUCAACUGUAAUGGCGCAAGCAAGCAAUGUUGCUGUGACGUUCUUCGUUGGUCUGGUGGUUGUCGGUGUUGGCCUGUUUCUGGAGAUCGUUGGGUUAUCGACGCCAGAGUGGGCGGUGUACUUACAUACUACAGCAGGCCUGUGGGCGGCUUGUGGUAUGGGAAAAUGUGUUAGCUAUACAACAAAGUCAAGAGAGAUAGAAGUGUGUGAAGCUUUUGCUAUCCUCGGUGCGUUGACGGCCGUAGCUGCUGCAGCCAUAGCUGUUAUCUAUUUGGUGUUGGAUGCGAUUGGUAAAAACAAAAAAAUCAUCGCCAUCAUUGUUGCAGUAGCAGCUGUCGCCUCCUUGGUGUGUGUGAUUAUCUGUGUGAGUGUGUUCGACCACUACUUCAUCCCCGGACAAGGGGCAAAGGCCGGCUACUCUUUCAUCCUCAACAUCAUCGGCGGAAUUCUGACAGCCAUUGGCGGAGUGCUGGUCGCUGUUUUUGGCUGACCUUGAGCGGCCGCUGAGAAACUUCUCAAAGAUGUUUUGAUCGGGCCGUUUUAAAUAAUAUCGUAUUUAUUACUUGUCAUAUAGCCAUGGCUAAGUUUUGUAACAUGACUUUUUAGUUAUGGCUGAACUAUAUAACAUUAUAUGAUAUAUAGCAAAGGCUAAAUUUUUAACAGGACUUUGUUGUUAUGACUGAAUUAUAUAUCUCCGGUAUUCAUUGUUAUCUAUCAGUUGUGUAUUUGAAUUACCAUUUAUAUCAUAUUUUGUUAAUAAUAUAUUAAAUAAUCAAUCAGA